ACUCCAACCACAACAACAGACACACCGACCACAACAAAAUUAGCUCCGACAACAACAACAGCAACUCCAACCACAACAACAGCGGCUCCAACCACAACCACAGCUUCUCCAACCACAACAACAGACACACCGACAACAACAACAUUAGCUCCGACAACAACAACAGCAACUCCAACCACAACCACAGCUGCUCCAACAACAACCACAGCUUCUCCAACCACAACCACAGAGACACCAACCACAACUACAGCUGCUCCGACCACAACAACAGUGGCUCCGACAACAACAACAGCAACUAAAACCACAACCACAGCUGCUCCAACAACAACCACAGCUGCUCCAACCACAACAACAAUUCUUUCAACCACAACAGCUGCACCAACCACAACCACAGCAGCUCCAACCACAACCACAGUGGUUCCAACUACAACAACAGAAGCUCCAACUACAACAACAGAGACACCAACCACAACAACAGUAGCUCCGACAACAAAAACAGCAACUCCGACAACAACCACAGCAACUCAAUCCACUACCACAGCUACAGAAGCUCCAACAACAACAACAGCAUAUCCAACCACAACCACAGAGACACCAACCACAACUACAGCUGCUCCGACCACAUCAACAGUAGCUCCAAUCACAACCACAGCAGCUUCAACAACAACGACAGCUGCUCCGAUCUCAACUACACUAGUUCCAACCACAACAACAGAGACACCAAAGACAACUACAGUUGCACCAACCACAGCUACAGUAGCUGCAACCACAACCACAGUUACUUCAACCACAUUUACAGUAGCUCCAACCACAACAACAGUUGGUCCAACCACAACCCCAGCUGCUGAAACCACAACAGCUGCUCCAACCACAACACCAGAGACACCAACCACAACUACAUCUGCUCUGACCACAACACCAUUUGCUCCAACCACAACAACUGUAGCUCCAAUGACAACCACAGCUGUUCAAACAACAAUAGCAUCUCCGACCACAACAACAGAGGCACCAACCACAACGACAGCAGCUCCAACCACAACAACAGUUGCUCCAACCACAACCACAGUUACUUCAACCACAUUUACAGUAGCUCCAACCACAACAACAGUUGGUCCAACCACAACCACAGCUGCUCCAACAACAACCACAGCUUCUCCAACCACAACAUCAGUUCCUUCAAACACAACAACUGCACCAACCACAACCACAGCAGCUCCAACCACAACCACAACUGCUCCAACCACAACAACAGAAGCUCCAACGACAACAACAGAGACACUAACCACAACAACAGCAGCUCCAACCACAACCCCAGCUGCUGAAACCACAACAGCUUCUCCAACCACAACAACUGAAGCUCCAACCACAACUACACUAGCUCCAACCACAACACCAGAGACACCAACCACAACUACAUCUGCUCUGACCACAACACCAUUUGCUCCAACCACAACAACUGUAGCUCCAACGACAACCACAGCUGUUCAAACAACAAUAGCAUCUCCGACCACAACAACAGAGGCACCAACCACAACGACAGCAGCUCCAACCACAACAACAGUUGAUCCAACCACAACCACAGUUACUUCAACCACAACAACAGAGGCACCAACCACAACGACAGCAGCCCCAACCACAACUACAGCUGCUCCAACCACAACAUCAGUUCCUUCAAACACAACAACUGCACCAACCACAACCACAGCAGCUCCAACCACAACCACAACUGCUCCAACCACAACUACAGAAGCUCCAACCACAACAACAGAGACACCAACCACAACUACAGCUGCUCCGACCACAACAACAGCUGCU